GCUCUUCUUGGGUCCUUGUGCGGUUGGGUCCUGGCGUGACCUCUGCAGGCCCGGAAGGCGUGAGCCGGGCGUUCGAAACCGGUGUUACCGCCGGGGGGGGGAGGGAGGGAUCCUGAGCGCAAUGGAGUCUCCCUCCCCUGAGCUGUGUGCGCUCCUCGGCUCGCGCGGGGAGGAUUUAUGAGCCGCGUGUGGGGAGAGCUCGCGAGGAGGCGCCGGCGGCCCCUGGAGCAGCAUGGGUGUGAUAGGUGUGCAGCUGGUGGUUACCAUGGUGAUGGCUAGUAUUAUACAGAAGAUCAUACCUCACUACUCUCUUGCACGGUGGCUUCUCUGUAGUGGCAGUUUGCGAUGGUAUCUGCAUCCCACAGAAGAAGAAUUACGUAUUCUUGCCGGAAAGCAACAAAAGGGAAAAAGCAAGAAAGAUAGGAAAUAUAAUGGUCAUAUUGAAAACAAACCUCUAACCAUUCCUAAAGACAUUGAUCUUCAUCUGGAAACAAAGUCUAUUACUGAAAUCGACGCAUUAACCUUGCAUUAUUUUCCUGAAUAUCAGUGGCUGGUAGACUUCACAGUUGCAGCUACAGUGGUAUAUUUAGUAACCGAAAUCUACUACAGCUGGAUGAAGCCCUCACAAGAAAUGAAUAUCAGUAUUGUCUGGUGUCUGCUUGUUCUGGCUUUUGCAAUCAAAAUAUUGUUCUCAUUAACUGCACACUACUUCAAAGUAGAAGAGGGAGGUGAAAGAUCAGUCUGUGUAACAUUUGGCUUCUUUUUCUUUGUCAAAGCCAUGACAAUUCUGAUUGUAACAGAAAAUUAUCUCGAAUUUGGACUUGAAUCAGGCUUCUCAAAUUUUUCAGAAAGCGCUGUGCAGUUUUUUGAAAAGCAAGGCUUGGAAUCCCGGGGUCCUGUUUCUAAACUAACCUUCAAACUCUUCUUAGCUUUCAUCUGUUCACUUAUUGGUGCUUUUUUGACAUUCCCUGGAUUGAGACUGGCUCAGAUGCAUUUGGAUGCUUUGAGUUUAGCCACUGAAAAAAUCACCCAAACUCUGCUGCAUAUCAACUUCCUGGCACCCCUGCUUAUGGUUUUAUUGUGGGUCAAGCCCAUUACCAAGGACUAUAUAAUGAAUCCACCAUUGGGAAAAGAGAAUGUGCCUUUGAUGUCAGAAGCUACAUUUGAUACUGUCAGGUUGUGGAUUAUAAUUCUCCUGUGUGUUUUGAGGUUAGCCAUGAUGCGCAGUCAUCUUCAAGCCUAUCUUAAUUUAGCACAGAAAUGUGUAGAUCAAAUGAAAAAGGAAGUUGGCAGAAUAAGUACAGUUGAACUACAGAAAAUGGUGGCCAGAGUAUUCUAUUACCUUUGCAUAAUUGCACUUCAGUAUGUGGCGCCUCUGGUGAUGCUGCUUCACAUGACUCUGCUGUUGAAAACUUUAGGCAACUAUUCCUGGGGCGUUUAUCCAGAAUCUACUUCAGAUUUACCAGAGGAGAGCAGUCCUCUGAGCAGUUCAGUAAACUCUGAAUCUUCAUCUGAUGAGGGAAAGAUGAAGGUAACUGUAGUACAGCUAACUAUGACACUGGCUAGCCUGAAGAACAUUUUCACUCCGCUCUUAUUCAGAGGACUUUUGUCUUUUCUCACCUGGUGGAUUGCUGCUUGUCUCUUUUCCACAAGCCUUUUUGGGCUCUUCUAUCAUCAGUACCUGACAGUGGCAUGACUUAACAAGGCAAACAUUUAAAACUAGGAAGUCCAUGUGCCGCAAGGAGACUAAAGAAAAUUGAAAGAAAUAACAUGACAAGGGGGGAAAGUAUCAGUCUUUUCUGUAAAUGCUUCCUUCACAUUCUUGGACAAAUUUUGGGUAAUGUUGGAAAUUGCAAACGAGUUUAUAACUUUGUUACCUAAAAUUGUAGGCAACUGCUGAAAUCUUUUUGGACUACUUUGAAAUAUGUCAGAUAACCUUUUGACCUUUUGUUUUGAUUAACUCCGUGCUGUCCUCAAAACACUGUGUUAUUCAGUCAUUGAUUGGCUGAUCUUAGUGGUGUUAAGGUACUAGGGUAACAGUGACUGUGUAGAAAAUGAAAGUUCAGCUGAGCCGUAUGAGGGGUUGGAGAAGUUACCCUGUUGGAAAAACACAGUUGGCUUUUCUACUGAAAAGCAAGGUCAUCCAAUAGGACAAAGAAAUACUGUAUAUUACAGUAAAGGAAGAUGUUUCAAAAGAGUUUAUUGUAAAUAAAAUGCAUGGACUCGGAAAGCAUAUGUGCUGAAGGACUUGUUUACAUAUUACAGUAAGGGUAUUGUAUUGCAAUAUGUGUCACUCGGUUAAUUAAUGUAUGAAUAGUCAGGAGUGUGCCGUUAUCAGACUCUAAAAGCAUUUCACUCUUUGAGCACUCACAUACUUGAACUCAUCCUUUAGUAGUUAUAACUGAAGAGUAGUAAGGCUUAAAAUUGUGACACAGCUUACGACAUGUGCCUCACUCCUGCACAUUCAUAUAUUAAAACUAUACAAAGUAAUAUAAUAUGGCGAGGCUUCCACACUAUGUGUGAGGCAUUGUAUCCUAUAAUGUAAUAUGUUAGGAAGUCCUAAAGAAUUUUCAUAUUGUAAGAGUAAAUAUAUUGUUUCAGUCUUAACAGUCUUUUUAAAAAUAAUAAAUAGCCAUAUGAAUCCUUGAA